AUGACUGGCCAUUUAGGAGGCCUUCAAGCUAAAAUGAAAGAGAAGUUCAAUCAUGCAAUUUUCGUUCACUGUAGAGCACAUAGACUUAAUUUGGUUUUAUCGCGAAGAAUGGAUAAUAUUAAAGAUUGCAAAGAUUUGUUUUCGACGCUUAGUGGAUUGGCUUCCUUCUUUUUAAAGUCAUCGAAAAGAACUCGCGCUUUGGACAUUCACGAUCAAAAAACGUUUCCAAUAGUUGCUCCGACGCGAUGGAACUACAAUGGACGUUUAGGGCAAAUAGUGUUUCUAUACCGUGGUUCUUUGAUACACUUUUUUCAAGACGUUUGGGAUAAUAAAGGAACAUGGGAUGCUGAAACUGUUACUGCUGCUAAAGGGUAUUUGCAUUGGCUCAAACAAAACUUUGAUUUUUGCAGAGAUUUUCCCUUUCACUGA